CCCACAUGCACACAGGGCUCCACAUCUGAAAUGCGCUUUUGGCCCGUGUGGCCAACUGCCCGCAAUGCUGGCAAGGCUGCUGGCUCUUCCAGGUUUGGCACUAAGCUUCACGCCAGAUGAAGCGACAGUGGCACUUCCUGUGCCCUUCGCUCAGGCAGCGCUUUGGGCUGCAGAGUUGCCAGCCCUUCGCUUGUGUGAUCAUGGCGUAGACGGACACGCCGAGGGCUGCCCAGCCCAACCGGAGCACGGUGGCGCUGGAUUCCUUUCAACAGUCUUCACAUGGCGGUACGUGUUAAACAAUCUGAGAGCAUUACUUGUAGCCCAGAUUGGAACUUCCGACCUGGACAUGUCCUUUCCGGUGUCCGCGAGCCAGAAGGUCUUAGCUUUGUUGCUUGCUGUCGAUCAACUCAUGCUGAUGCCCAUCGUGGCUCACUUGGCCGACAUUACUCAUGCAGGGCGUCAGCUGCUCAAUGAGCUGAGGCCGUACCUGCAGAUUCACCCACCUCUGGUUUUGUCAAUCCCACUGCAACCGUCGAGGCAGCGGUGGGUCUGGCCUGCCGACGGCCAAAGCUCCCUCCGAGAUGCCGCUUUUACCCUGCGCACGGGAGCUCGAAUGCCAGCGGUGGGCUUUGGGACUUGGAGGCUUUGGGCCAAGGCAGCAUAUCAGCCAGUUCGUUGGGCCUUGGAAGCUGGAUACCGUCACCUGGACACGGCGGAAGGAUAUGCCAACGAAGCAGAGAUUGGGAAAGCCAUUGCGGAUAGUGGUGUUCCACGAGAGGACAUAUUCAUAGCGACAAAGGCGUCUUCAAUUCCAAAGGGCUUGACAGAUAUCGCCUACGCAGCAGAUGUCUUUGCCUUUCAGCUCUCCCAACUCGGAACAGAUUACGUCGACCUGUACAUGCUGCACACACCUCCGGCGGACCCUGCCCAGCUGCAGUCACUUUGGAGCAUCAUGGAAGGCUUCUAUGACCAAGGUCGAGCCCGGGCGCUAGGCGUCUCGAACUGUGACGUCAAGGAGCUUCAGCUGAUUCUGUCCUUUGCCCGGGUCCCUCCAGCUUAUGUUCAGAACCUCUUCAAGGUCUACAAGCCAGGUGAGCAGAUCCCGAGCGAGGAUGUCGUGGCCUUUGCACAGGCCAAUGAGAUGGUGGUCAUGGGAUAUUCCAUUCAGACAGAAUGGCCUCAUAUUAUGUCGCCCUUGGAGGACCCACAUGUGCUGGCCAUUGCCACUUCUGUCGGGCGGAGUGCCUCACAAAUUCUGCAUCGUUGGGCCCUGCAGCGUGGAGUGGGCGUCAUCCCCAAGAGUGCCACGCAUGUGCGGAUCCUUGAGAACGCAAGGCUUCUGGACUUCGAGUUGAAUGAAGCAGCCAUGCGAGUCCUAGAUGGCCUAGCAACUCUCUCAGAGUCUGGGCCAGAUCAGAUCAAACCUUACUCCCAGGAGGACACUUUUGGCCUUGCCGGCCUCUCUCAGCCUGUGGAGCCUGCCCCCCUACUCGUGGGGUCUGAGGAGACCCUCGACAAAGGAUUUCCAUACACAUCGAUUCGUGACCACAUUCUCAGCACAUCACCUGUUGGACCGGAUGAUUGCCGCCGGGACUGUCUCCGCGAAGACCGGUGCAUUGCGUGGGAGGUAUGCCCUUUAAGCGAGGCUGGCUGUGAAGGUUGCUAUUUGAUUGGCCAUGUCACAGCAGCACCCAUUCAGAUUCAGGGCUGGCAUGCGGCUAUUGAGCGGAUGCCGAGAUGAUUUGCCCAAGGGUGUGCUGAAAAGCGCCGGUAAAAAGACGUCAUGCCAAAAACCCUUUGUUUACGGCUGUGUACUUGUCGAGAUUGCCCCACAGCAUGAGCUUCCCAGCAAAUGGUAACGACCUGUCCAUGCAAGCGAAUCUACAAAGGUUCGUUGGAGUUUGCCACUGGU